AUUAAGAAUGGAAGAAUAUAUCGAAAAUUAUGUAUCAGAGAACACUGCCUUACGUUCAAAAUUACAAGCGAAAACAGAAGCAUUAAAAAUUUUAGCUAAAGAAUUAGAUAAAUGUCGUACGGAACGUGAUCAAUUCAAAUUAAUGGCCGAACAAAUUCAAGAACGUUACAGUUGUUUAAAGAAAAAAUCAUGUCAUAUCAAUUUAUACAGUGAUUCAGGGGGUGGUGGUAAUGUGGCACAAUUAUUAGGUGAAACACGUGAAAAUAAUAAACUAUUGAAAUUAGAAUUGGAAGCGACUAAACAAUGUUUAAUUGAAUCUCGUGGUGAUAUCCAAGUGCUUCGACAACAAUUACAAUCCAAACAAAAACAUGGAAGUUUAACGAAUGAAGAUGUUUUUCCGAUUCAUCAACGUGAGGAAUUGGUUGAACAACUUGAAAAACUUAGUGCUAAAACAAUUCAAAUGCGUGCUGAUAUACAAUCAUUAUUGGAUGAAAAAGAGGAAUUAAUAAAGGAACGUGACGCUUUUAAACAUAAAGCACAUCGAGUUAGUCAUGAACUAGCUAUUGCACUUCGAUUAACAAGUCAAAAUAAUGGCGAUCAAGAUACAAAUGAUACUCAAUUUACAUCAAAACCUCCAGCGUAUUUGGUGGACGCAGAUGCUUUAGUAUCAGAGAAUCGUUAUUUACAUGAACGAUUACAGCAAGCUGAUGCAGAAACUCAACUUGCAACUCAAGCUCUUGCUAAAUAUAAGAAUAUGUUGGAAACAAAACGCCGAAAAGGGAUCAUAAAAUUGGGUACAAACAACACGGACAUGAUAAUGUCCCACAAACAAGUAAAACAAUUACUAGAACGUGGAACAAUGGCUGAAUUACCUGUAACAUCAGCAACAAUUGCUGAUUUAAAAUCGUUAUGUCUAGGACUACUCGAAACAUUGGGUGAUAAAACCUUGGCAUUAUCACAUCAAAAGAAAGCGAAUAAAAUAUUAGCUAGUCGUGUAUCCGAACUCGAAUCAAAAUUAGGUAAAGGUUCAGCAUUUCCAUCACAUAUCUUAUUAGAAAAUUAUAGUUCAGCGGAGGCAGAUCGACAAGAUGUAUCUGACGAGUUUAAAUUUUGUAAACAAAUUCGAAGUAAUUCAAUUGAACUUACCACCACGAAUGAUGUUGUUGAAGUGAAUGGAGCCGAUCGAAUUACGGAUGAAGAUGAAAUUGAAAAAUUACCACCGAAAUUACAAGAAAUGGUUGAUCAAGCAUUACAACAAUUAAAAAUUGAAUUGUAAAGAAUGUUAAGGCUGGGGGUACACGUAAUUGUAAGGUUGAAAGACAUCGAAUUUGAUUACAGUCAAUAUUUAUUUUUUCGACAUCGCUUCUUGGUAACUGCGAGUUGCAACUCCCUAACUGGCGAUAAUAAUUCGUACUAACUUAAACAGGAAGCAGUUCCGUUUUCAAAAUGAUGAAACGUUUAUUGUUUAUAUUUUGAUCUCAGUUUUUUAUUUAAGUUUUUAAAGAUUUUAUUUUUUCGUUUAUAAACCAUGAAUGUUUUUAUUAUUCGUUAAUUUUUUUUCUCGUUUUAAUUCUAGUCAUAAUUUUUUUACCCUGAAGUACCUAUUUAAUCUUUCAAGGUUUUCGAGGCCCUUUUUCACAUAAGAAUUAGUUUUGUUUAUUUUGAUUCGUUCGUUUAGUCUUUCAUAAUGCUUGACCAAAUAUUUUAAUAAUAUUCCAAAUAUAAUUCCUUCCUUUAUUGAUCAAGAUCCAUGAAUAUCAGCCUAAGAACUGAAAAGAUUUCAGAUCGUUGUAUUUUUCCAAACCAAAUAAAAAAAAAUGUGCUUAAUUUUUA